AUGGCCUUCGAGACCAACUACCCAAUUCCCUACCGAAGCAAGCUGACCGAGCCGUUCGAGCCCGGCCAGACGCUCACCGUCAAGGGCAAGACCGGCGAGGACUCCGUUCGCUUCACCAUCAACCUGCACAACGCUGCUGCCGACUUCUCCGGCAACGAUGUUCCCCUUCAUGUCAGCGUGCGCUUCGACGAAGGCAAGAUCGUCUGCAACACAUUCGCCAAGGGAGAAUGGGGAAAAGAAGAGAGAAAGAGCAAUCCCUACAAGAAGGGAGAUGACAUCGACAUCCGUAUCCGAGCUCACGACAGCAAAUUCCAGAUCUUUGUUGACCAGAAGGAACUGAAAGAAUAUGAGCACCGUGUACCACUGUCUUCCAUCACGCACUUCUCCAUCGACGGUGAUGUCCUCAUCACUCACAUCCACUGGGGCGGCAAAUAUUAUCCCGUCCCCUACGAAAGCGGUCUGGUUGGUGAGGGGCUGGCGCCCGGGAAGACCCUGAUGAUCUACGGAAUGCCCGAGAAGAAGGGGAAGCGAUUCCACAUCAACAUUCUCAAGAAAAACGGCGACAUUGCGCUGCACUUCAACCCGAGAUUUGAUGAAAAGGCCGUUGUUCGCAACUCACUCAUCAGCAACGAAUGGGGUAAUGAGGAACGUGAGGGUAAGAUGCCGUUCGAGAAGGCUGUCGGCUUUGAUCUCGAAAUCAAAAACGAGGAAUAUGCUUUCCAGAUCAUCGUAAACGGUGAACGAUUCACAUCGUUCGCGCACCGACUCGAACCCCAUGAGCUGAACGGUCUGCAAAUCGGCGGAGACGUCGAGAUCACUGGCAUUCAAAUGCACUAAACCAGCUUCACUGCGCAAUCCCACUGUCGACAUGCAUCCUCUCCCUAUCCGUUAGCUAUUCCGACUUGCUCCAUGCUCGUAGUUCGUUGAGGAAAUCAUCCACUAGCCGCUGUUUUAGCCGCAGCUCUUUCUCGUUUCUGUUGUUUCGCGCUUGUUUACAGUAGGGAUUGAUUUUUUUA